AUAUUUUUGGAGUUUUACAAGGAUAUCGAGGAUUCUAUAGCAAAGAGUGGAUUCCACUGACAACUGAAAAGGUAGAUAACAUUCACAAGAUGGGUGGAACAGUAUUGGGUUCGUCACGUGGUGGUUUUGACUUGAAUAGAAUAGUGGACUCCAUCGUACAAAAUGGAGUCAAUCAGGUUUAUGUGAUUGGAGGAGAUGGUACUGUUCGAGGUGCAGCAACAUUGAGUGAAGAAUGCAGAAGAAGAAAGUUGCAAGUUACAGUUGCUAGUAUUCCUAAAACAAUAGACAAUGAUAUUCCGAUCAUUGACAAGUCCUUUGGUUUUGAUACUGCUGUGCAGGAAGCUUCCAAAGCCAUCGAUGCUGCACAUACCGAAGUCUCUUGUUUUCCUAAUGGAGUGGGUAUAGUCAAGUUGAUGGGAAGAAAUAGUGGAUUUAUUGCGUUGCAUGCUUCCUUAUCCAGUAGAGAAGUGGAUUGUUGUCUUAUACCUGAAGUACCUUUUGUUAUUCAUGGAAGAGGUGGUUUGAUUGAAUAUAUUCACAAGUGUUUGAUAGAAAGAGGUAAAAUGGUAUUGGUCGUUGCAGAAGGUGCUGGUCAAGAAUAUGUUCGUAACCAUCAUGAUUGGAUAGAUCAGUUGGAUGCUUCAGGAAAUAAGAAACUGGGAGAUAUUGGACACUUUUUAUAUCAAGAGAUAGAAUCCACGUUUAAGAAACAAGGAAUAGAAGUUAGUAUGAAAUAUAUCGAUCCAACUUAUAUGAUAAGGGCAGUUGCUAGUAAUGCAUCAGAUAAUAUUUAUUGUACUUUGUUGGCUCAUUCUGCAGUUCAUGGCUCCUUUGCAGGAUAUACAGGAUUUACUGUGGGCCCUAUCCAUGGAAGACAUGCAUAUAUUCCUAUGACUGAAAUAGUAACUGCACAAAAGCAAGUAGACUUGAGAGACCGCAUGUGGUCAAGAUUGGUCAAUUCAACUGGACAACCUGACUUUUCUCCGAGAGAUAUUCCAAAAGGCUUCCAAGGGCCUUGUAUUUAUUCUCGAGAAGAAGAAUCCUUUGAAACUACUAAAACAGUGGAUAAAGGAUUUCCAGGAGAAACUCCUUAGAUAAAACAUUCUAGCAUUUCUAUA